UACAUACCCAUUCUCCAGAUGCUCCUAUGUAACUCUGUCUUUGUCUGACAUAAUGCAUUGAAAAUAUUCAGCUUCUGCCAUAGCUCCAGGACAUUUUGGAUAGCUACUCUGGACUCACAUCCCGCACAAGAAACAUCUACGACAACCAUAAACCCAUAAAAAACUACCCCCCCCAAUUGAAGCUUUUGUUACUGCCCCUCUACAAAGGGCCGUUUUCCCGGUGGUAGUUGUCUGGAGGGGAUUGCGGAAUAUAAAGAGUUGUGCAAAUUUACACUCAAUGCAUUCAAUUGACUUUCAAAGAUGAAAUAUAUUUUGUAAUUUAAAAUGAAUACGUAUUCCAUACAUGGCAUGUUAAGAUAAAUCUGUACAAAGAUUUGACACAAUUUUCUUAUACACAGUCAUGUUGCCCGUCUCAUGAACUAACUCUGCAUUAAUCUUUUCUCUUUCUUGAAUAACACAGUAUCCUGAUGUCACCAUGCCUGUGUCUCUUGGUGAAUGGCGUGUCAGGAUCGGCACGUUCAUGCGACGUCGGAGGAAAGAAUACGACUACCACUAUUUUUGGAGGAAACUUCACAACUUAAUGAAAAAAGCCAAGAAUGCUGAGCCACCCGAAGAAAACAACAAUUCUGAGUGUAACAUUUCAUCUCGCACUGGCUCUUCGCCCGAUGCGAAUAGAUCUCCAAGCAACACGGCUCGUCAGUCUGCAUCUUCUGCUCAAACAGGGCAUUUACGUGACGUCAACAAUGGCGGAGGUAACGCAAGCUCACCGACUCUCUCACAAUCUGACGUUACAGAGUGUGAUACUGUCAAGGAGAGUGGAUUCCCAUGCGGUAUAAAUUACCCCGGUCAUAGCAAUGUCUCUCACUCUGAGUCUUCGUGUGCUCAAAGCAGUGGUUCUUCAAUUGAAAAAGAGACCAACCUAGCUGGCCCUGAUACCACUGAUGUGACAAUUCCAGUUCCCCGACCCUGUGUAGAAGACGAAUUGGACAACAAUGACAUAGCCAUUAAUGUCAUGUCACAUGAAUACAUCCCGAAAUCCGCCCAAAUAAGUAAAACAGACAAACCUGAAGUUGGCACAUCAGAGUCGAACUCACUUGUACCUGCAGACGUUCAUGGUGAGACAGAUCGUAUCAAUCGAGACAAGGAGGAAACUAUAGACUCCGCACCGUUAGGGAUAGAGGAUCAAUCAUCGGACAUAUCACCUAAACAUAGACUAGAUACAACGAUGAAUACCGACCAAAGAACAUCACCUAUAAGGGAAGUAACGGAGUAUCAUGGAUCCCCGAUCUAUCCGGUCCUCGGAUCAGGGACAAGCAGCGGUGAAGCAGAUGAAAUUAAAGGGAAUGACUGUCCAGACAUGAAUAACAUACUUCUAUUGAGAUCCGGUGAUGUAGAACAAAACCCUGGCCCAAAUGAUAAACCUGGGAACCUCACCGAACUCGAACUUUAUCUCAUUGCUGACAGUAUGGAUCCAUCAGAUUUCAGGAAGGUCGGACUAGCUUUGGGAUUCACUGAGGCUGAACUAAGUCGGUUUGAGAAAGAUCAGAUGGGCAACACUUUGUAUGCUAUCUAUAAGAUGCUUUACGAAUGGCGGAAGAGAGUACGUGAUAGCGAGGCGAGGGAGGCGUUGGUGGUCACGUUACACCGAAUUAAGCUGGUACAGCUUGCUGAUAGCGUACAGAAAGGUCAGGUUGGUGAUCACAUACCGUCCAUGACAGAGAAGGAAAUCCAACGGGUUGCUGAAGAGGUCAAACACUAUUUGGCAAUUCAUCUAUGCCAGAUUCAAGCCGAUCCACUGAACAGUGAACUUGUACUUGAAUUCAAACGUAUCUUCACCAAUCUAACGUUGAUGGAAGAAGACAAAGGUACAAAACUCAAGACACCGCUUCUCUACGAUGACCUCCUCAGGACCAAAGUCAACGGAACCUAUCCCAAACGCUUGUUGGUAGAAGGUGAAGGUGGUGUAGGAAAGACCACUUUUUGCGCCAAGAUCGCUUGGGAUUGGAUCCACGGAAAAGCCUACCAAGAUUUCAAACUGGUUCUUGUCAUCCUCCUUCGCAAGACAGAGGGCAAGACUGUUGGAGAGAUAGUGAAGUCGUAUCUUUCUGACAACAAUCCCGUCACAGCCAAACAGCUAGACAAGCACAUCCUCUCAAAUCCGGAUGACGUUUUUCUUGUCUUGGAUGGCCUAGAUGAGUUUGCUGUCGAUCUUGACAGCAAUCAGCAAAUCGCCCUGAUCACUCUCAAUCAUCUGUUCAAGUCAGGGACAGUACUAAUCACAUCGAGACAAUGGAGAUCAGAUGAGAUUAGGAAGAAUGCCGAUCUUAGAAAGGUGUUUGCUUUCAUUGCUGUAGAAGGUUUCUCUGCUGAAAACCUCUCUUCUUACAUCACCAAGUUCUUUCAUCCAGAUGCAGCUUCCUCUGAAGAUCUGAACCGAUUCAUAUCGAACAACGAUGUGAUCAGAGAGAACAUGGCUCCCUACCCCAUAUACACAGCCAUGCUGUGUAUCAUGUGGAAAGAGUUUGAUGGAGAGCGCCGAGAGGCAAUGUCCAAGCUGCAAACAUUUUCCCAGCUCUUCAAUCAGAUGAUUGACUUUUUGGUUGAUCAUCACCUAUCAAAGCACAUUCCAUCUUCAGGUAUUGUUGGAGGCAAAUUAAGUGAGCAUUGUUCAGAUAUUCGUCAUCACCUGAUUCACAUCGGCCGCAUUGCCUUCCAGGGGCUUCUCGAAAGACGGUUAGUAUUCACAGAAGAAGAGUUUCAGAGCUAUCCAGAGUCCAUCGAUGUAGGUUGUAAAGUUGGUGUACUCACCAGAGAGAAGAAAAUUCUUCCGAGGCGAGACAGGAGAAACACUCCAAAUUCAGUAGUCCAAUCGGUGCAGUUUCCCCAUAAGCUCUUCCAGGAGUAUCUAUCAGGAAUGUAUCUUGCAUCCCUUUACAAGUCAAACCGUAAUGAGUAUGACAUGUUGAUAGCGAGUAUCAUACAGGAAGCAGUGGAAUACCGGUACCUACUGUACUUCACCUCGGCCCAGCAGAAGAGGGUCGGCUUUGAUAUCGUAUCUCGUCUCAUAGCGUUGAAACCAGUGCGCCAACCUUUCGGUAUUGAUGAUGAUGACUUCAUCAUAGAUGUAGCAUAUGAGAGCCAAGACCAAGCAGUGACCAAAGCAGUGGUGGAUCAUCUAUCGACUACGUCCAGAAAGACACUGAGGAUCACCACAUGGAUGCAGGCACACACAGUAUCAGGGCAUACUUUCAUCAUGAAUCAUCGUGAAGUGGAUGACCUGAGUAUUAAGAAGUCAUGUGGACGGACGGCUUCAGAGGACCUGGCUGAAUUCAUCUGCUCAUCACGAUCACUGAGAUCUGUUACGAUCGAUCUUACUCAAGUUACUGGUACUAUGCAUGACGUCUUCUACUCGGUGCUUGCGAAUAAUGCAGUCGAUUCCAAGAUUGAGACUCUUAACAUUCACUCUGAUGAUCUCAGUGGACGUCCCUCAGCAUCACGUGAUCUCGCUCAGUUCAUCUGUAAGAUGACUCAUCUGAAGGACCUGACACUCAAGGGUCAGUAUCACCAUGGACCUACUAGUACUACAGUAGGUCCAUGGUAUCACGAUGCUUUCUACUCAACAGCGUCAUCGAUGGCAUCAUCCGCAAAGAUUGACCCUCUUAACAUCCACUCUGGUGAUAUCAGUGGACGUCCCUCUGUAUCACGUGAUCUCGCUCAGUUCAUCUGUAAGAUGACUCAUCUGAAGGACCUGACACUCGGCGGUCAGUAUCACGAUGACUUCUACUCAACAGCGUCAUCGAUGGCAUCAUCUGCAAAGAUUGAGACUCUUGACAUCGACUCUGCUGAUCUCGGUGAACGUCCCUUUGCAUCACGUGAUCUCGCUCAGUUCAUCUGUAAGAUGACUCAUCUGAAGAAGCUGACACUCGACGGUCAGUAUCACGAUGACCUCUACUCAACAUCAUCAUCGAUGGCAUCAUCUGCAAAGAUUGAGACUCUUGACAUCGACUCUGCUGAUCUCGGUGAACGUCCCUUUGCAUCACGUGAUCUCGCUCAGUUCAUCUGUAAGAUGACUCAUCUGAAGAAGCUGACACUCGACGGUCAGUAUCACGAUGACCUCUACUCAACAUCAUCAUCGAUGGCAUCAUCUGCAAAGAUUGAGACUCUUUACAUCUACUCUGCUGAUCUCGGUGAACGUCCCUUUGCAUCACGUGAUCUCGCUCAGUUCAUCUGUAAGAUGACUCAUCUGAAUGACCUGACACUCGACGGUCAGUAUCACGAUGACUUCUACUCAACAUCAUCAUCGAUGGCAUCAUCUGCAAAGAUUGAGACUCUUUACAUCUACUCUGCUGAUCUCGGUGAACGUCCCUUUGCAUCACGUGAUCUCGCUCAGUUCAUCUGUAAGAUGACUCAUCUGAAUGACCUGACACUCGACGGUCAGUAUCACGAUGACUUCUACUCAACAUCAUCAUCGAUGGCAUCAUCUGCAAAGAUUGAGACUCUUGACAUCGACUCUGCUGAUCUCGGUGAACGUCCCUUUGCAUCACGUGAUCUCGCUCAGUUCAUCUGUAAGAUGACUCAUCUGAAGGACCUGAAACUCGACGGUCAGUAUCACGAUGACUUCUACUCAACAUCAUCAUCGAUGGCAUCAUCUGCAAAGAUUGAGACUCUUUACAUCCGCUCUCGUGAUCUCGGUGAACGUCCCUCUGCAUCACGUGAUAUCGCUCAGUUCAUCUUUAAGAUGACUCAUCUGAAGAAGCUGACACUCGACGGUCAGUAUCACGAUGACUUCUACUCAACAUCAUCAUCGAUGGCAUCAUCUGCAAAGAUUGAGACUAUUUACAUCUACUCUGCUGAUCUCAGUGAACGUCCCUCUGCAUCACGUGAUCUCGCUCAGUUCAUAUGUAAGAUGACUCAUCUGAAGGACCUGAGACUCCGCGGUCAGUGUCACGAUGACUUCUAUUCAACAUCGUCAUCGAUGGCAUCAUCUGCAAAGAUUGAGACUCUUUACAUCGACUCUGCUGAUCUCGGUGAACGUCCCUUUGCAUCCCGUGAUCUCGCUCAGUUCAUAUGUCAGAUGACCCAUCUGAAGAAGCUGACACUCGACGGUCAGUAUCACGAUGACCUCUACUCAACAUCGUCAUCGAUGGCAUCAUCUGCAAAGAUUGAGACUCUUUACAUCGACUCUGCUGAUCUCGGUGAACGUCCCUUUGCAUCCCGUGAUCUCGCUCAGUUCAUAUGUAAGAUGACCCAUCUGAAGAAGCUGACACUCGACGGUCAGUAUCACGAUGACCUCUACUCAACAUCGUCAUCGAUGGCAUCAUCUGCAAAGAUUGAGACUCUUAAGAUUAACUCUGAUGAUCUCGGUGAACGUCCCUCGGCAUCACGUGAUCUCGUUCAGUUCAUCUCUAAGAUGACUCAUCUGAAGGACCUGACACUCCGCGGUCGGUAUCACGAUUACUUCUAUUCAACAUCGUCAUCGCAAGCAUCAUCUGCAAAGAUUGAGACUCUUGGGAUCUACUCUGAAGAUCUCAAUAAACGUCCCUCUGCAUCACGCGAUGUCGCUCAGUUCAUCUGUAAGAUGACUCAUCUGAAGGACCUGACACUCCGCGGUCAGUAUCACGAUGACUUCUACUCAACAUCGUCAUCGAUGGCAUCAUCUGCAAAGAUUGAGACUCUUAAAAUCCACUGUGAUGAUAUCAUUGAACGGCCCUCGGCAUCACGUGAUCUUGCUCAAUUCAUCUGUAAGAUAGCUCAUCUGAAGGACCUGACACUCCGCGGUCAGUAUCACGAUGACUUCUACUCAACAUCGUCAUCGAUGGCAUCAUCUGCAAAGAGUUGUAACACGAGCCCCACCCUGGCUGAGCUUACAGUGGAUGAUGGCACACUAGAUGGAUGGCAGGAUUGUGGUUCGAUGUUUGACAGUGUGAAGAGGGUCACUAUACAGGUACGGAGGACGAUCAACUCUGACGUCAUCCAGAGGAUCCAUCUACCAGGAGCAAGAGAACUUACCAUUCAAACAACUGAGUAUGCAGGUCGACCGGCUGUUUUCCACGAGGAGCCCACUUCACUACUUAAUGCCCUCCUGAAUAUCUCCCCUCAGCUUCUCAAGGUGACAUUCAGCGAUCUCGACAUUCGUAACAGUAAGAUGGAACUAAUCUUACAAGCUUUCAACCUCAAACAUCUGAAGUUUAUCAGAUUCAUACGAUGCGGGUCAGAUGAGGCCGUGGAUGAUGUCAUAAUUGCUUGCAAUAAAGACAAGGUCAUGGAGGUGGAGGUGGAGCAUGGCAAACCACGUGGGUAA